CUCCAACUCAUUUGAUUUGAACCUGUGAAAAAGUGAAGUUUGAGAAUAUCAGAGAUUCAUAACUUAGGCAUGAAGAAAGUGAGUCAAAAUGCGUUUUGGUUAGUAACUUUCGUCUUUGCCUUAACGAAAUAUAUAAACGCAUACAAGUACAGUUUUAAGACUUUGGAAAUGGCAGUUACUAAAGAUGGUGAAUUUUUAUGUGAUACACUCAAUUGUCCAAAAGAAGUAAUUAUUUGCGAAAUUCAAAAAUUUAAGUUCGAGGAGAAAUCAAUACGUACAAAUGGUUGCUAUAUAAACCCAGCAACUCCCUGGGGAUAUGUAACCAUUACUGAAGAAAUUGACCCAAACUUUUCGAUGUCAGUGAGCAUAGUAGCAGAAAGAAAUGGUCACAUACGUGUUGUUCUCGAAGACGAUUUAAUUCUGCCAAAUGGUGAUGAAAUAAAUUUCGAAAUGACUUAAUAACAAAGUGUAAAUAUUUACCAAGUUUCAUUAAAAAAAUACACUUA